UCCCGGUGACCGACUGAAUCCCGAACCGCGAGGGAUCCGCACCUGCUCGGCUGCACCUGCAUCGCAGUCCGGUGCCGAACCGGGCAGGACCCGCACCCCGAACCGGAGGUCCCUCACCCCAAUCUCCCGUGGCCAUGGAUGAGUCCCCGCCGCUGGUGGCCGAGCUGGAGCCCCUCAACGCCUCCCUGAACGAGUCCUGGAGCAACCCGUUCGUGCAGCCGCCGUGGCAGGUGGCCCUGUGGGCCGUGGCCUACGCGCUCAUCGUGGUGGUGGCCGUGGUGGGCAACGCCGUGGUCAUGUGGAUCAUCCUGGCGCACAAGCGGAUGCGCACCGUCACCAACUACUUCCUGGUGAACCUGGCCUUCGCCGAGGCCUCCAUGGCCGCGCUCAACACCGUGGUCAACUUCAGCUACGCCGUGCACAACGAGUGGUACUUCGGGCCCGCCUACUGCCGCUUCCACAACUUCUUCCCCAUCGCCGCCGUCUUCGCCAGCAUCUACUCCAUGACGGCCAUCGCGCUGGACAGGUACAUGGCCAUCAUCCACCCGCUCCGGCCACGCCUCUCGGCCGCGGCCACCAAGGCUCUGAUCGGGCUGAUCUGGCUGCUGGCCCUCCUGCUGGCCUUUCCCCAGGGAUAUUUCUCCAUCACCCACGAGCUCCCGGGACGCCUCGUCUGCCUCGUGGAGUGGCCGGAGCCCGGCGGAGCCGUGUCCGGGAAAACGUACCACUUUUCCAUGACCGUCCUGCUGUACCUGCUGCCGCUGCUGGUGAUCGGCUGCGCCUACGCCGCCGUCGGCCGCACGCUCUGGGCCAGCGCCAUCCCCGGAGACUCCUCCGACCGCUACCACGAGCAGGUGUCGGCCAAGAGGAAGGUGAGGAAUUCCGGGAGGGGCUGGAUCCAGUCUUUGGCCAUGUCCAUCCCACUCCCCGUCCAUGCCCGUGUCCAUCCCACGCCUGUCCCGUCCUGGGCCAGGUUCCGAGUGGGAUUCAAGCACGUGUUCCGGUGGUGCCCAUGGGUCAGCGCCGGCGAGUACGAGGGGCUGGAGCUGCGCUCGGCGCGCUUCCUGCACACACACAGCUCCGUGUCCAAGCUCAGCCGCAUGGACACCACCACCGUGGCCUCGGUGCUCGGCGCGGCCGACGAGGAGCUGGACGAGCCCGGCCGGGCCAAGCGGCUCUCCCUGGACAUGACCUCCAAUGGCUCCUCCCGCAGCGACUCCAAGACGGUCUCCGAGAGCUUCAGCUUCUACUCCAACACCCUGAGCUAG